AUCAAACUUGCCCAACAAGGGGAGUGGGGUUUGUGCCAAUCCACAUAUAAAAAAAUGUCCCCUCGUAACAGUCUUCUUUAUCGAGUCUCUCAAUGAUUCUCACUCUACCCAGCCUAUCAAGAUCUUCCAUAACCACCACUACGAACUCCUUAAAAACUUCCCUGCUCCUGAAGAAACUUGCAAAUCUAGUAUCUCUCUCUUUAUUUCUGACCUGAAACCCUACCAAUCGAUCAUUCUCUCUCGUCAUGCUUCCUUUCUCUUCAACGGUUUCGAACCAGAUUCGGUUCUUGCUUCAGAGCUUGAACGACUCCAACUCCGAUUCGAUCGUUCGCGAGCUAUGUCAGUUUACUGAGUAUGGAAGUGAGGGAAUCAUAUUGCUGCUUCAGACCUGCUUGGAUCACAUAAAUUUUCAUGGCGGGAACUUGGAGAACAUUCCUCCAAAACCAGAUUUUCUUGCUGCAAUAUUUAGAUAUUUGUUGGAUAAACCAAAUUUCAGCACAGUGUUAUGUGAAGCAUUAAGAAGUACAACCAUCAAUGAGGCUUUUCUUGGAGAUUUCUGUAAUGCAUUACGCUUGUCGGUAUCUGAGAAAAUUGGCAUUGGUCUUGCUUUAUCAGAUUCUGAAAACCCGGAUAUCAGAACAUGCGGUCAAAAUUUCUGCAUGUCCCAUAUUGAGGAAUUGUGUGCCCAUCCCACAUCUUUUGAUCCUCACGGACAAAUUCAGAAUAUUGUCAUGUUCCUGCAUCGAUCAGAGGGCCUUGCCAAGCACAUGGAUUCCUUUAUGCGAAUGCUAUCCUUAUUGCAAUUGAAAGAUAUCCCUACUUUCAUAUUAGAUCCAUUUCUGUCAGAUGAUUUACGGGUGGCUGAUUCUUUGAGGCAUUUGGAUCUAUUCUAUGAGUCCAAUCAAAAUGAUUUUGAUUCUGUUCUAGCAGAGAUUGAGAAGGAAAUUAGCAUGGCAGAUGUUGUGAAGGAACUUGGCUAUGGUUGCACUAUUAAUGCGUCGCAUUGCCAAGAUGUUUUAUCCCUUUUUCUACCACUGACUGAGGGGACCCUUUCUCGGAUACUUAGCACAAUUGCACGCACUCAUAAUGGUCUUGAGGACUGCCAGAAUGCAUAUUCAAUAUUUUGCUCUGCGCUUAGUGGCAACUCAAUACCUGAGUCACCAUGUUUGAACUAUUGGAAUGUUGAUAUCCUUGUAGAUUCAAUUAAACAACUUGCUCCAGGAACUAAUUGGGUUAGUGUUAUGGAAAACAUGGACCAUGAGGGGUUCUAUUUCCCCAGUGAGGAGGCGUUUUCCCUUUUCAUGUCUGUUUAUGCAAAUGCAUGCCAGGAUCCGUUCCCACUCCAUGCCAUAUGUGGGUCUGUCUGGAAGAAUGCUGAAGGUCAGCUAUCUUUCCUAAGAUAUGCGGUUUCUGCACCGCCAGAAAUAUUCACCUUUGCACAUUCUGCAAGGCAACUGGCAUAUGUUGAUGCGGUACAUGGCCAUAAGCUUCUGCAGGGAAAUGAGAAUCAGGCAUGGUUGUGUCUUGACCUUUUGGAGGUGCUAUGUCACCUAGCCGAGAGAGGUCAUGCUGGCUCUGUGAGAACAAUUCUUGAGUAUCCACUUAAAAACUGCCCUGAGGUCUUGCUUCUUGGGAUGGCCCAUAUUAAUACUACAUUUAACCUUCUCCAAUACGAAGUAUCCUCAACUGUUCUUCCCAUGAUAAUUGGCAAUGCAAUGAAAAUUGGAGUGGUUCUUCAUCUGUGGCAUGUUAAUUCAAAUCUGUUGGUCCGUGGCUUUACAGAUGUUCUUUUUGCUGAUCAAGAACAUAUGACCAGAAUUCUGGGCUGUUGCCUAGAGCUGAAGAUUGUAUCAGCGGUAUUGGACAUAACACCUUUCUCAUUCAGUAUUAAACUGGCUGCCCUUGCUUCUCUGAAAGAGCAAAUAAAUCUGGAGAAGUGGUUGAAUGACAAUCUGAGCACACAUAAGGAUGUCUUUUUUGAGGAAUGCCUCAAGUUCUUGAGGGAGAUACCCUUUGACACAACAAAUGAUCCUGCCAACCCAUUCCAGCAUUCUGGUGGUGUGGUGAAUGCCUAUUUAGAGACAAGUUCAACAUUUUUCAAGGUCCUGCAAGCUCAUUCGGCACAGAUGACUUCUAACCAGCUUGCCGAGGAAAUGAAGAAGUUGCAUUUAGCAUCCAUGCAUGCCACUCCAAGACUGCAGAGUGGUGGAGCUGUGGAGUCGACAUCUGAUGGUUAUGGAGAUGAUAUUGAGGCAGAGGCCAACUCUUACUUCCAUCAAAUGUUCUCUGGUCAGCUGACCAUUGAUGCAAUGGUUCAAAUGCUUGCUCGCUUCAAGGAAUCUCCUGAUAAAAGGGAGCAAUCAAUUUCUGAGUGCAUGAUCGCAAAUUUAUUUGAGGAGUACAAAUUCUUUCCAAAGUAUCCAGAAAGACAACUUAAGAUUGCUGCAGUUCUCUUUGGUUCCCUAAUAAAGCAUCAGCUGGUGACCCAUCUUACCCUUGGUAUUGCCCUCCGUGGAGUCUUGGAUGCACUGCGUAAAUCUGCCGAUUCCAAAAUGUUCAUAUUUGGGGCCAAAGCUUUGGAGCAGUUUGUGGACCGUUUAGUGGAAUGGCCACAGUAUUGUAAUCAUAUCUUGCAAAUAUCUCAUCUGCGUGGCACCCACUCGGAACUUGUUGCAUUCAUUGAACGUGCUCUUGCAAGGAUCUCAUCAGGCCAUACAGAAUCAAAUGGGGUGAACAGUACAUCUAAUGAUCAGCCUCAAGGUUCUGCCCAGGCUACUUCGGAAAAUUUAGAGGCAUCCGACUCUUCAUGGCAGUUACUAGGAUCUAAUUUUACACAACCUGGGCAACAAGUCUCCACCCCACUUCAGCUGCAACAAAGACAUCAAGGUUUUCUUGAUGACAGGCAUAAAGCCUCCAUAACUUCAGUUAGCUAUAUGAAGCCGCUUCCUUCCCCUGCUGGGCAGCCUUUACUUGUUUCCAACCACGAUGCUGUGGGCAAUCAGAAGUCAAUACUCUCGCAGCCCUUGCAGACGCACCCUUCACAGAAUGUGGGAAGUGGUCCAGCAGCUGUGUCAUCUUCACCUGGUUUUCUGCGCUCUUCCCGGGGGAUCACAUCUACUAGUAUGCUUAGACAAUCAUAUAAUACAGGGUUUGGUUCUGCUUUGAACAUUGAGACACUCGUUCAAGCUGCUGAGAGAAGGGACACUCCUAUAGAGGCACCUGCGUCAGAGAUUCAAGAUAAGAUACUGUUUAUUGUCAAUAAUAUUUCAACUACAAAUCUUGAAGCUAAGGCAAAAGAAUUUACUGAGAUUCUGAAGGAGCAGUACUACCCAUGGUUUGCACAGUAUAUGGUGAUGAAAAGAGCGAGCAUCGAGCCAAAUUUCCAUGAUCUCUACUUGAAGUUCUUAGAGAAAGUUAAUUCAAAGGAUUUGAAUAAGGAAAUCGUGAAAGCGACUUACGAGAACUGCAAGGUUCUUCUAAGAUCAGAGCUUAUAAAAUCCAGUUCAGAAGAGCGUUCUUUGCUGAAAAAUCUUGGUAGCUGGCUUGGGAAGUUCACAAUUGGAAGAAAUCAAGCAUUAAGGGCUCGGGAAAUAGAUCCCAAAGUCUUGAUAAUAGAGGCAUAUGAGAAGGGAUUGAUGAUUGCAGUGAUCCCCUUUACCUCAAAGAUUUUGGAACCAUGCCAGUGCAGUCUAGCAUAUCAACCUCCCAAUCCUUGGACAAUGGGAAUCCUUAGUUUGCUGACCGAGAUCUAUGCAUUGCCGAAUUUAAAAAUGAACCUCAAAUUUGAUAUAGAGGUCUUGUUUAAGAAUCUUGGUGUGGAUAUGAAAGAUGUAAAACCAACUUCUCUUCUUAAAGACCGGCUUAGGGAAGUUGAAGGAAAUCCGGAUUUUUCGACAAAAGAUAUUGGAGCAUCCCAGCCACAAAUGGUUGCCGAAGUUAACUCUGGAAUGAUAUCUGCAUUAAAUCAAGUUGAACUUCAGCCCGAGGUUUCCGCUCCAUCUCACCCUGCUGGUCAUUCAAAUGUUUUAUCUCAGCAUACUGCUUCUCUUCAUCUUGCUUCGGGUUCAUUGGGGGAGGAUGAAAAGAUGGCAAACUUAAGCUUAUCUGAUCGACUUUCUACUGGUCAAGGGCCGUCACAAGCCAGUCCAUCCCAGUCACCUUUUUCUGUCAGUCAGCUCUCAGCUUCAAUCCUUAAUAUUGGAUCUCAUGUUGUUAUCAACCCUAAGCUUAGCGCCUUGGGCCUCCAGAUGCAUUUUCAGAGAAUUGUUCCAAUGGCAAUGGAUAGGGCUAUCAAAGAGAUAAUGUCCCCUAUUGUUCAACGUAGUGUUACUAUAGCAAUGCAGACAACAAAGGAACUGGUUUUAAAGGACUAUGCCAUGGAGUCGGAUGAGAGCCGUAUAUAUCAUGCUGCACACUUGAUGGUAGCAAGCCUUGCAGGAAGUUUAGCGCAUGUUACAUGCAAGGAACCUCUUCGUGGUUCAAUUUCCAUGCACUUGAGGAAUUUGCUUCAGGCCUUAAGCAUUGCCAGUGAAAUUCUUGAACAAGCUGUGCUACUUGUUACAAAUGAUAAUCUUGAUCUGGGUUGUGCUGUGAUUGAGCAACAUGCAACGGAAAAGGCUCUGGGUACAAUUGAUGGGGAAAUAUCUCAACUACUUUCUUUGAGGAGGAAGCACAGGGAGGGUGUUGGUCCAAGUUAUUUUGAUGCAAAUACGUACACGCAAGGUCCUAUGGGCGUGGUACCAGAGGCCUUGCGACCGAAACCUGGUCGCUUGUCCCUUCCCCAACAGAGAGUUUACGAGGAUUUUGUUAGGUUUGCGUGGCAAAAUCAAUCAAACCAGAGCUCAAAUGCGGUGCCUGCUUCCCCACCUGCUUCAUCUGGCGUCUCUUUUAGUUCAGGAAUGUCUCGUGCUUAUGGUUCCACUAUGGGGCAGCUCAACCAAGGUGUCUACUCAUCUGGGCAAGGGGCACAAGGAUUUGGUGCAGUUGCACAGCCCAUGGACCUAAUGUCUGAUGAGAUGGACCCUGGUUCACAACAACUCAUAAGUGCUUCCUCAACUCUUAUUGGAGCACCUGAUGGUGUUAUUCAGCACGGUUCUGAAAUCAACUCUGUUGUUGCUCCAUUUCCUUCAACUGUGGCAGUCCCAGAAUUGCUUUCAUUGGAACCCUCUUCUGCUGUAAAGGAAUUGGGAGCUAAUGCACAACCAUCACCUCCUCUGUCUGCCACGGAGCGCUUGGGAGGUGGUGUAUCAGAGUCUUUGUUGACCACGGGAGAUGCAUUGGAGAAGUUCCAGUUUGUGGCUCAAAAGCUGGAAACUUUGGUCGCCAAAGAUGCCAAAGAAGCAGAAAUUCAGGGUGUUAUUGCUGAGGUUCCUGAAAUUAUACUCAGAUGUAUAAGUCGAGAUGAGGCUGCAUUGGCUGUGGCUCAAAAGGUUUUUAAGAGUUUAUAUGAGAAUGCUUCAAACAGUUUACAUGUUGGUGCACAUCUUACAAUUCUGGUGGCUAUUCGAGAUGUUUGCAAGCUUGUUGUCAAGGAACUCACAAGCUGGGUGAUUUACUCGGAUGAGGAGCGCAAGUUCAACAAGGAUAUAGCUGUUGGUCUCAUUCGCAGUGAAUUACUAAAUCUUGCAGAGUACAAUUUACACAUGGCAAAGCUUAUUGAUGCAGGAAGGAACAAAACUGCUACAGAGUUUGCCAUUUCUCUUCUCCAAACGUUGGUGGUUCAGGAACCUGGUGUCAGUGUGUCAGAACUCCACAAUCUUAUUGAUGCCUUGGCAAAGCUUGCAAUGAGGCCCGGAUCUCCUGAAACUUUACAGCAGUUGGUUGACAUUGCCAGGAAUCCUGCUGCUAAUUCAGCUGCAUUGUCUAUUUUAACUGCUGGCAAGGAGGAUAAGGCUAGACAGGCCCGGGAGAAAAAGCAGUCUCCUGGUCGCUCCAUGGCUAUCAGGGAAGAUUAUACCAAUGCUGAAUCUAUGGCAGCAGAUCCUGCUGGUUUCCGUGAACAGGUUACAGUGCUGUUUGGUGAAUGGUGUCGAAUUUGUGAACUUCCUGGUGCAAAUGAUGCAGCUUAUACCCAUUACAUUUCACAAUUACAACAAAGUGGGUUGCUUAUAGGGGAUGAUAUAUCAGAUCGCUUUUUCCGUAUCCAAACGGUAUUUUUUCUUACAUCUUUGGAACUUUGUUUGGGAAUCAGUGAUGGAAUUUAUGGUCGAUGA